CUUUUCGUAAAAUCUACAACGCAACACACAACACUAGAUGAUAGAUCUAUACUAUAAACACUAUUAUAGUAAAUCUAUACUGACUAGACUCUAUACUAUUAGUAUUAAAUUAGGAAAACAAGUAACAACUUAAACAAGGACAAGACAUCACAAGUAGAAAAAUCGCUACAAGAGAUUCGAUUUGAAUCAUCAAGACACGAUAAUUGUAGAGAGCUACACAAGGACUGUGCAGAGUGUGCAGAUACUUACUUAGAUUUAGAUCUAUACUCGACUAUAGUGAUAGUAUUCUGAUAGUGACAAUCUAUAGUAACAAUAGUCACUAGUGACUAGGAGUAGAUCUAUUGAUUCUAUUCUAUAGCCUGAAAUGCAUCUACGAAUUUCCCUAAUAUCAAAGAUUUCAAUAAUAAUUUCAGUUUUGUCUUUACCGUUAUUGCUAAUACUAGAGUUAAGUUUUCAGAUAUGUUUUGGCUUUAGGCAUGAUUCACUUGAAGACAUUCCAUCAAUCUUCCCAAGUAGGCUUAAUUAUGCAGGUCUAAAGUCACAUAAGAAAGCUUGGUGGGUUAAGGAAAUAACUCCAGAUUUUCAUGUCAGUGGCCGAUUAACAGAGCGUCAAUUAAAGUAUGCAUCAGAAGCUGGCUUUAAAAGUAUUGUUUCAUUAUUUACUUAUCCUGCUGAAGAUUUUGAUACAUUUGGAAGUGUCCCCUUAUUAAAUACAGAAGAAGAAAAACGAGUUGUAGAAGACGUAACUGGCCUUCAAUUUCAUGUAGUUUUAGAUCCAAUGGAUGAAUGGGCUAGUGUGGAAGCUGUAGCAAAAUUUACCUCCUUGGCUCCUAAAUUGGAAAAACCAGUUUUGCUUCAUUGUGAUAGAGGCUAUACAAUAACGUUCAUUGUGCUGCUUUAUAUGGCAAACCAGACAAUACAUAAUACCAAUUUUAAACCAAAAAUUCAUUCCAAAGAAUUUUUUGAAAUAGCUGCUGCAAUGGGAUACAAUUUCUUUGAUCGCAUUCCACUAGAAGUAGUUUCUGAAAUAACAAAAGAACCUAUAGAAAAAUUUACUGAUAAAAGUGUACCAAAGCCAAAUUUCCAGCCUACAGAGUGGUAUGACUAUUGGCUUGCCCAACCUGUUUAUCAAAACUGGUUUAUAGCAGGGCAGAUCUAUAAAUCUCAUGUGAAUCUACUUAAAGACUUUGGAUAUAAAAGUGUUAUUAAUCUGAGACCUGGUAUAAUUUAUAAAGGAAAACCAAAUCAAGAGGAGGUGACCUUAUUGAACAUACAAGAUUACACUGGAACAUAUGGAGACACUCAUACACCUCCACGCCAGUCUACUGAACGUCUACUGAAAACCAGAUUAAAUCCUAAUUUACCUAACUCUUACAUUAGUAAAACUUCUGAAAUAAAUUAUGAAACCACCAAUGAAGAAGAGUUUGGAGAUAAUUUUGGAUAUAAUUCAGAUUUAGAGAAAAAAGUAUUUGAUAAUCAGGACUUGAAGUACUAUCAUUUGCCUUAUGAUUUCGACGUUCAAUUAUUAGAAUUCAGUGAGGUGUUUGAAUCGAACAAAGAGUUAUUUUUAAAAAUUGGAAACGAUGGACCUGUUCUUGUACAUUGUGCCAUUGGGUUUAGAGCUGCUACAGUUGCAGUACUGACUUCAGCAAUACAAUAUAAUCUGCCACUUGACUGGGCUCUUCAGCGUUUGAAGGAACUUGGUUUUGGCAUCACCCAGGAUGCAUACCCAAAUGUGUACAAAGUUUAUGAAAAAUAUUUAACACUUCAAAAAACAGAGCUCUAAGUGACAUUAGUAAACAAUAUUUGGAAUUAUUGCAGAGCAUAAACCAAGAGGACAGCAAACAUUUUUUUAAACAUUCAUAUUUCAUAAUGUAAUGUCAGUUGCCAUGGUAUUUUUUUUUAAUAAUUACAAUAUUCACUUAGUAAUAGUUCCUUUUUUUAUGAUGCAUACGUUUUAUUUAUUUAUGAGUUGUAAAAUGUACUUAAUUCUUCUCAAAACUUUUCUCUUAAAUGGUACAAUGUUGUUGUAAAAUGUACUUAAUUCUUCUCAAAACUUUUCUCUUAAAUGGUACAAUGUUAUCCUUUUUUAUUUCAAGCCUUGACUAAUUGGUUACUUUUUUUUUUUUUUUAUUGAUUUAUGUCUUGUUUAUGCCAAUGAAAAAUUGUGUAAAAGUUUCAACUUGAUCCGAGAAAGGGUGUGGGAGAAAUAACCUGUACACACUUUUUUCAGACAGAGUGAGUUGAUAUAAGCUUUGUAAAAAUAGAAGUUGAAACAGUUUAAAAACUGAAUUGCUGAUUGCAGACUGUGUACCCAAAAUAUAGAGUAGACUUGAACUUUACUCAAGUUUCUUUCAGUAUCUAGUUUCAUAAUUCAUUGUCAACUUGUUUUGUUUAUCUAGAUUGCCUUUAACAAAACUGGUCACAUUUAGUAAGGCUUAACUAGAUCAAGUGUACCCCAUUUUGUAAGAUUAGAACUAAUGUAGCAUUCAGUUAGAUUAAAAUUUGUGUGUAUCUCAUUUUGUAAGAUUAGAACUAAUGUAGCAUUCAGUUAGGUUAAAAUUUGUGUGUAUCUCAUUUUGUAAGAUUAGAACUAAUGUAGCAUUCAGUUAGGUUAAAAUUUGUGUGUAUCUCAUUUUGUAAGAUUAGAACUAAUAUAGUAUUCAGUUAAGAUUUAGUGUACCUCAUUUUGUAAGAUUAGAACUAAUGUAGCAUUCGUUCAUUCCUUACUCGGUCAGACUAUAUCAAUGCCACUCGUUGAUCAAGAAACAUAAAAAGGACAAAGAUAUCUGUGUGUAGUCGCUCAAUGAACUCUUUAUUUUGUCUGUUCUAUUUAUGUGAAUGUUUAUGUUGUGUUGUUUUUAUAUUAGAAAAAGAAUUCUUUGUAAUCACAAUUAAUUUCCAUAAGGAUAAAUAAAGAAGUCUUAGUCUUAGUUACAUCUAGUGUACCUUAUUUUGUAAGAUUAGAACUAAUGUAGCAUUCAGUUAGGUUACAUUUAGUGUAACGUUGAGGUUAAUUAUCAGAAUUUUCAUAAAAGUAGUAAAAAUUUUAUUAAACUCAUAUCUUAAUCUUGCUUUUUGCAAACAGGCUGUUUAAUAUUUUUAAUUAAGAUAACAAUAAUCAUAUUUUUAAUUAGGUCAUUAAUAGUUAUAUUUUAAUCAGAAGUUUAACAGUAUUUUCUUUGUUAAUUAUGUGAUUUGUAUUUAGUAAAAGUAUGCUUUUAAGCUACUUACAUUAAGUACUUAUCACUUGACUUUAAUUCCUGUAUCAUUUAUCAAAAUGUCUUCCAUUUUGUUUCAUUUGUUUAGAAUCUUUGGUUCUAAAUUUUAUUAGUUUUCCCUUAUUGUGUUAAGUAUUUGUCUUAGUAUUUCGGUUUAGACUUAAUUUACAUUGCAUUUUGUUCUUGUCAAACAUUUCAGCAAUGUUAUUUCCUCUUACAUUUGAAUCAGAAAUAGAUUUCUAUGAACAAACCUUCUUACUCCUUAACUACUACUAGUUCAUUGAGUUUGUUGAAAGACAUGUGAACAUAGAUACACGUUUUUUAGGUGUUUUGUCUGUGUGAUAUGACUUUUUUAAAACGAAUCAUUGGUCCAUGUAUAGAUACAAUGAAUUGUGUCUAUUUUCUAAACUGUUCUAAAUUAUGUACUUUCAACUGGUCAAUAUUUGUCUUUCUGAGUAUCAAAUUUAUGUUAGCUCAUGCAAGUGUAAACUAGGCAGAUAAAAAGUAUGUAAACAAAGCAGAUAAAAGUAUUAAAAUUUCUUUAAAGACAGAGAAACAUUGUUGCCUCCAAGGACUAUCAGAACAUCACUCUUGAGCGCAUGCCAAAUGACCACUCACUAAUUCAGUGUCUCUGCUACAAGGAGUGUCUACUUGGACCUACAGACAUAUACUUAGACCUAACUAGAAUGUCUGCUCUUUUGUGACAAGCCUAUUUGUAUACUUGAAGACAGAAUAUGUUUAUCUAUUUUCAAUUCAACAUUGGAAUACAUCGAGUAGAAAAGAGGUGUUUCUGGUCCCCAGUACCUGAUGUCAUUAUUCAAAACAUUUGCAUCAAGAUAUCUAACAUCAGUGUAGGCCUACGUAUAUUAAAGGCAUUUUAAAUUCAAACUCUACAUAUUGAAUAUCAAACUCAAUGAAUAAAUCUGAUCAUAACUAAUUGUAGAUCUUAUUCAGUGUUGACACAUUUUGUCAGAAAUAUUAAAUGUAUUUCUGAUUU